GACGCCGGCUGGCUGGACGUGAUUCGUUGAAUCGUGGCAGUCGUCUGUCCGGUAUCAAUGUGAGCGGUGCAAGUGGCCCACUUUCGCUGGAUAACGAUUCCAUCAAUGAGCUAGCAACAAGUACAGCAUUCUUCCCGGAUCUGGAUUUCACGCAAUCCGGUUAUCUGUACAAGAAAAGCAACAAGAAAUUGCAUAAGCAGUGGCAGAAGCGUCGUUGUCGAAUUGAAGAUGGCCAUUUUUGGCUUUCACAUUCCGACGAAAUGAUUCCACCAACGAAAUUAAGUUUAUUGGUUUCGGACUGUAAGCCAUCGGCCGAUGAUCCAAAAUCUUUCGAUUUAUGGAUUUUGGCACUCAAACGCGAAAUAACACGGGUAAAAACGAAAAUGCUUUCGGCUGAAACACCGCAAGCUAACGAUCGUGGCGGAUUGGAUGCUACAUCGGAAUUGUUCGAACGAAAACUAUGCAUCAACAAAUUACGGCGUCUUCCGGGCAACACUAUGUGCGCCGAUUGCUCAACCAAAGAAGGUUGUAACAAAUUUGUCACCCUCAAACACUUAAUUACGAAUAUCCUAUCUCCUCCUCUCCUCCUAAGCUCUUCUCCUACCUCACUUAUAUGUUAUCAACUUUUCCAAAUGGUGGAUUGA